AUGAAAAAUAUUGGUACUAAACAAGUUUUAAGAAUUGAUCCUUCGAUUAAAAGAAAUUUAUGUAGAAAAUGUGAUACUUUACUUUUACCAGGAAUUACUUCUCAAGUAAGAAUGAAAUUUAGAUGUGUAGAAUGUAAUGCAACAAAAAAAUUUGUUGCUAGGAAAGGUCACAUCUUAUUCUCUGAAAAACCUGAAAAUAUUUUUGGGAUGGACAAUGUUGUUGAAAAUAAUGAUAAUAGCAAUAAUAGUAACAAUAUUAACAAUAAUGUUGACAAUGUUGAAAGAAAUGCCAACAUUGAAAAUCAAGUAGAUUAG